AUGACGUUAAUAUCUUAUAUAGUAGGCGAUUUAGAUGAUUUAAUAAAAAAAUAUUAUGGUUGGUUAUCAAAAUCUGAACGUGACAGUCAAAACAAUAAUGAUACUUCAAGUGGAUUAAAAUCACAUUCCGAAAAUCAUAAGGCACUUUAUGAAUCCUCAUUCAUUCCUCUAUUAUAUACCGAGAAUGCAGCUUUUAUUGACGAUAGUCUUCCUGUGUGCAAUGAUGAUACUUCAAUUGAGUUAAAAGCACAUACCAAAAAUAAUAGCAUUGAGGAAAUUAUUCAAUAA